AGUAAGGAAUUCCUUUGCUCAAUGGCACAAAGUUCAUCCAUUAGGGUUUAUGGUGAGAUGCCGUCUAGCUUCCUGAUUCGUCCUGCGGCUAUUUUCCAUCGUUGGUGGUAAUUUGCACUCGAAGACGAUGGAUGCUAGACCCCAUGCAUCCCGGAAGAAGCGGAAGGGGCGAAGGCCCCAAACCCACAAGAGCUCGGAGUUGCCAACCCUAAAGGCGCAGCGUGGCAAGGCGGAGUCUUCCUCGCCGUCGCCCCAUCCUAAGAGGAGAAAGGUUGAACCUUCAUCCAACUCCAAGUCGCAACCUGGUUUCCUUGAGAAGAUGAGAAUGAGGUUAUCAGGAGGCCAUUUCAGAAUGCUAAAUGAGAAAUUAUACACUUGCAAUGGUACCGAGGCAUUCAACUUAUUCAAGGAUGAUCCGCAACUAUUUAAUGUGUAUCAUGCAGGAUACCAAGAGCAAAUGUUGCAUUGGCCACAACAACCAGUUAACACGAUCAUUAAAUGGCUAAAGAGUCAUAGUUCUUCUUUGACAGUUGCUGAUUUUGGUUGUGGGAAUGCAACACUAGCAAGAAAUGUGAAGAAUAAGGUCUUCUCCAUUGACCUUGUUUCCAAUGACCCAUCAGUAAUUGCCUGUGAUAUGGCUCACACACCACUGGAGUCAACCUCCAUAGAUGUAGCAGUUUUCUGUUUGUCUUUGAUGGGAACCAACUACCAUAACUAUUUGUUGGAAGCUAAACGAGUUCUAAAGCCCAGUGGCUGGCUUCUAAUAGCUGAAGUGCGGAGUAGGUUUGAUCCUAACAAUGGUGGAGCUAAUCCUGAUAAGUUUUGCGGAGCCAUUGAACAACUUGGUUUGUCUUUGCUUUCAAAGGAUUUUUCUAAUAAGAUGUUUGUUAUGUUCUACUUCAAGAAAACGGUUUGGCUGGAGUUGCCAAUAUUGUUUUACAGGAAAAAAGUACCAAAGUCAAAAGCAUUGAAUGGCCUGAAUUGAAACCUUGCAUAUAUAAGAAGCGAUGAAUUUGGUGACUGCAAGGGCCACAAACAUUGGAUGGAUACAAGCUUUAUCGUAGUGAGAUGAUGGACAUGUAUGGGAUUGUUGAUAAUCUACAAUCUCUAGGGAUAGUAGUGGGUCCUGACUCCUGAAAUGAAAAAUAGAAUAGUCAAUAGUAGGUAUCUCUACGUUGGCCAUGUAGCUCAUUUGUCAGCAAUUUUGAGGAAGUUUUUCCUUUGUUCUUGUUUUCUCACUGCAUUUGAAGCUAUAUGCUUAUAGGCAAGUUAAUGGUAUUUAUGAAAGAUGAUCGUUUAUUUUCUUGUUAUUGAAUUCAUUAUGAUGGCUUGUCUUCUA